AGCUUUGCCUCUUCUCUUCCUCUUUCUCUCUUCCAUUUUUUUUUUCUGGCUCCUUUCAUUUUCUCUUUUAAUUUCCUCAUUUUCAGAGAAAAAGCAUCGUUUUUAAAAAACGAAAGGUCACUGUUUGAUUGCGUAACACGAAUCUUUUAUCAUAAAACCUCAUCUGCUGGGUCGGUCCUUAAUUCCAAGAAACUUUACAUGAUUAUAUAGCAAUAGAUUUUUCUUCUUGUGUGUGGCUUAUGGUUAAGAGAGUUUCCUCAAACAGCUGAAGAAAACAAAGAAAGAAAGAAAGAUUUACUACCAAAAAACGACGACGCUUUUACCAUCAGCCAUCAAACCCACAUCACAAAAAAAGAGACUUUGGAUUCGUUUUGUUUAUUUUCACAUAGUGGACAAACUACAAUAAAAAAAAAAGGGUUUCACGUGUCUCUGAGUUUGUGAAUGUGUGAAGCACUUAGAAAAGAGUGAAGAGUUUUGUUUAAAAAAAAAAAAGAGUUUUCUCUCUGUGUGUCUGUCAGUAAAUUCGAGCUUGAGUGGGUGCUUUGUGCAUCUCUAAGUUUUUUUUUUCCAUUUUUCUAUGUUCUCUUUGAGAUGUGAGUCUCUCAUCUCCAUUAACAAAGUUUCUUUAAGUUGUAUGUGAGACACCCAUUUUUUUUCCAGAGUCUUUGCUUCUCUGUUUCUUCUCUAUUUUGAGAUCUUCUUCACUAACUCAACAUCAUGAAGUUCAUGAAACUUGGAUCCAAACCUGAUUCAUUUCAAUCUGAAGGAGACAAUGUUAGGUAUGUAUCAAGUGACUUAGCAACAGAUGUUAUUGUAACCAUUGGAGAUGUCAAGUUCUAUCUUCACAAGUUUCCAUUACUAUCCAAAAGCGCACGCUUACAGAAACUAAUAGCAACAACAUCAAAUGAAGACAAUGAGAUUCAUCAAGAAGUAGAUGAGAUUGUAAUAGAAGAGAUCCCUGGUGGUCCUGCUUCAUUUGAGAUCUGUGCUAAGUUCUGUUACGGCAUGACCGUCACACUAAACGCAUACAACGUAGUCGCUGCUCGCUGCGCAGCUGAGUUUCUUGAGAUGCAAGAAACCGUUGAAAAGGGUAAUCUUGUUUACAAGAUUGAAGUGUUUUUGAACUCAAGCAUACUCCAAAGCUGGAAAGACUCUAUCAUAAUGCUUCAGACCACUAGAGCUUUGUCUCCACACGCUGAAGAGCUGAAGCUAACGUGUCGUUGUCUCGAAUCCAUCGCCUCUAGGGCUUGCAUCGAUACUUCUAGGGUUGAAUGGUCUUAUUCUUAUAGCAAGAAGAAGAAUCUUGAUAAUGGUUUGAGGAGACCACAAGGUGUUCCUAGAGAUUGGUGGGUUGAGGAUCUUUGUGAUCUUCAUAUAGAUUUGUAUAAAAGAGUGAUCACUACUAUAGAGUCAAGAUGCAAAGUCUCAGCUGAUGUUAUCGGUGAAGCGUUGCAUGCUUAUGCAACCAAAAGGGUUCCAGGUUUCAGCAAAAGUAGUAGCUCAGUUCAGGUCACUGACUUUGCUAAGUACAGAGCUUUGGUUGGUUCCAUCAUUGAGCUGAUCCCUGAGGAGAAACAAAGUGUUUCUUCCUCUUUCUUGACUAAGUUACUGCGAGCUUCCAUCUUUCUUGGCUGUGGUGAAGAAACAGAGCUGAAGAACAGAGUCGGCGAGCGGCUAGAUGAGGCUAGUUUGAGUGAUGUUAUGCUCUAUGAUGUUGACUUGAUGCAGAAGUUAGUUGAGGUUUUCUUGAAAUCUCACUCUGAAGAAGAAGAUUGUGUAACAAGGAAAGCAUCGGUUGCGAAGCUUGUUGAUGGCUACUUAGCUGAAAGAUCGAGAGAUUCGGAUAAAUUACCUCUUGAGAAGUUCCUCACACUUGCGGAGAUGGUUUCAAGCUUUCCAAGACAGUCUCAUGAUGGUGUUUAUCGCGCGAUCGACAUGUUUCUUAAGGAACAUCCAGAGAUUAACAAGAGUGAGAAGAAGAGAAUCUGUAGGCUAAUGGACUGUAGAAAACUCUCGGUAGAAGCGUGCGCACACGCAGUUCAAAACGAGAGGUUACCAAUGCGUGUGGUGGUGCAAGUGCUCUUCUUUGAACAGGCAAGAGCCAACAACAACGGUUCAUCAUCAACGGGGAACAGCACGCCAGAGAUUAUUCCAGCUUCGAGGUCAACGAAUACUGAAGAUGAGACGGAGUCUUGGGACGCAGAAGAUAUAAAGACAUUGAGAGGUGAGUUAGCGAGUCUUAGACUUGCAAAGAAUCAACAGCAAGAGAGUAAUAAUAAUAAUAAAGGGAAGUUGAUGAAAGGAGGAGGGUUGGGAGUUUCUAGAGUGUUCUCUAAGCUUUGGUCUAGUAAAGAGAGAGGGGGAGAGAUGAUGAGUAGCUCAGGGACUUCAAGUCCUGGUUCUGUUAAUGAUGACUCUAAGUCUUCUUCUUCCACAAACAAGAAGCAUUAG